AUGAGCGCCAACGGACUCAGGGUGCAGAUCGCAUCCUACAAUGCCAACCUAGCUGGAGCAGAGACCACUCGCCAUGAUCUCACGCCAUGGCUCAUCCCAGCCGCCGAGCAGAAACCUUUGGCACCAAGAUCCUCCAAGCCUGUGACCAACAUCAACGUGCUCGAAGCCGACGCGUACAAAUCCACCAACCCAAAGACGCUUUCCACCCACCCAUCAUUGCCUCGCGAAGCACCCGACUUCUACGCCGUAGGCUUCCAAGAGCUCAUCCCACUACACACUGGUCUCUCUGGAUCUGGAGAUACGGCGCUUUAUAACACUGACCUCGACAUUCGCAGAAACGUCCGUCCUCAUCAGGCCGUCGUCUCUGGCUCGGGUUUGUACGCCAGCUUGGAAGAGGGAGGUGGUCCGGAGAGCUAUCCGCUUCUGUGCAAGGUCGAUUUGGUCGGUAUCGCUCUGUUUGUGUAUGCUCGGGAACGUCCUACCUUUUCGAUUUGGAAGGCCGCGUCGAAGAGUGCAAAGAGUGCAGCGCAUCGUGUCAAGGAGAUCCGGACCGCCACGGUUGGCACCGGUAUCGCCGGUGUUAUGGGAAACAAGGGCGCCGUAGGUGCGCGAAUCGUCGUCGCUGCAGCAGAUGGCAAGGGCCCCGAUGAGGUUCUGACGUUUAUCAGCGCUCAUCUGGCGGCGCAUGAUCACAACGUUCAACGAAGAAACAAGGACUGGCAGCAGAUCGUACAGAGGAUGGUGUUUGAGCCAUCUUCGGUGCAAAAGCUUCCCAUCCUCCAGGAUCCUUCUCAAAAGCCUCUGAAUCCCAACGACAUGCAUGCACUCAAGCAAGAGCACGAAAAAGCCACCUCCCCCCAUGAUGCACCGAAAGCAAAAGCUCUCGACAAGAAGAGCUACACCGUCUACGACACGACACACCUCUUUGUAUUUGGCGACCUCAACCAUCGAAUCGCCUUGGGCAAGAGCGAGCUUGCAACCGAAAAGUCGAGUUCGGAACUCACAAAGGAGUCGCUGGCCAAGGCGCUCGAAGUCGGCGACUGGUCGUUGCUCUCCAAGCACGAUCAGCUGAGUCACCAACGAUUGGCCGAGAAGGCCAAAGCCUUCCACGGUCUGACCGAGCUUCCGAUCGCAGAAGCCGGCAUACCGCCUACGUACAAGUACAUCGUCUCGCGUCCGGACAAGAAGACUAAGAAGAAGAACGCAGGUGUCACCUCCGAAGCGCUCGAGGGACAGACGCUCAGCAAGAAACGAGUGCCAGGCUGGACCGAUCGCAUCCUCUGGGGCUCUGCUCCCGGCCAAGAGGACAACGACCGACACGGCGUCGAAGUCGAAUUCUACCGGAGCAUCAUGCAGUACACCCAUUCGGAUCACAAGCCCAUCACUGCUCUGCUGCGUCUGCCGCCCAGCACCGACGCCUCGUCGUCCCUAUCGUCUUUGAGCCCGUACGAGCCGCUCUCUUCGACUCAGCGUCUUGUGCUUUCCACCAGCGGCUUGGUGCUCGACAGGCUUGUCGGAUACAUUUGGAGCCUUCUUCUGCUAGCUGGAGGUGGAAGUCUGACUGGAGGUCUCAUUGAAGUAUUCGUCAUCGGCCUCAUCACUGCUUGGUGGUUCUCUCAAUCGAGGUCGUAA